UCAGUCGCUGAGUGAUGUUUGUUUUCGGUGUAGAAUGGCGGGAUUUCGUCAAUAUGAAAAGUUUGUAACAAACUUUAUUUUCUCAUUUUCAUGAACGAAACCGUAUUUUAGUGUACAAGUAACGAUUAUAUAUUAAAUUAAAUGUCUGUAAAAAGUCAAAUAAGUGAAAGUUUGCUAGUUAGGAUGUCGGUUGAUUCAAAGUGGCAGUUACCUGACAUUUUUUGUGUUGUGUGUUGAAUGGAUGCCGGAAUUACGUUAAAUUCGCGCCGCGGGUAUGGGUGAAUAAUCUGUUCUAGUGGUUUUGGGAACUUCUUUUGAGAUGCCUUUCGUACAACGCGUGUUGGAGCCAAAGUUUCUCUCACGAACGAGUUUGCGAGAUGAAAACGGGAAGCCGAGGGUCACGGAUGAGGAACUUCAAGCGGUGACCAACUGUACACUCAGUAAUGCACUCCGGCAGCUCGCCUCUCUAGUUCUCCUGGCUGAAGACAUUUUCAGCGAGCUCACAUCGCAGCUUGAAGGAAUAACCGAGAGAUCGAAAUGUGCGCGAACGAAGAUCGAAUUUAUUCACGAGCUGGUUGAAAAAUAUGACCCGAAGAUAGUACCAGUCCCUGAGGGCAGCCUGUCUGAUUUUGCGUUGCGCAAAAUUCAUUACACGGCCAGUAAUCCUCUGAGAAAGGAACUAUUCACAGCAGACACAAGACCUGCAAGCUUACGAAACUUGUACGAGAAGGCCACGACCGAUCGGCUCUCCGCUUCCAUCCUUGACCAACUGAGACGAGAUUCCCAACAUUCCCCCUAUCUCCUAUGCACGCCUGUGCUUAGUACUAAAAGAAGACGAAUAUAUCAGAAAGUCGACGUUGAAAUUGAAACUAGAAUUCCGUUAGUAGUAGAACACCUUCGAAAAUGGACGUCGAAAGAAGCCGUGGGCGACGUAACUGCGAUGCCAGACGCGUCAAUGCGCAUUGCGAGCAGUGUGACACUAACACCAGACGAGCUUUCCGAAUGCGGCUCCGGAGACGACGAGCCCAUCGACCAUCGGCUGCCCAGUCCUGAAGAGCAGCUGAGGGUCAUUGCUUCCAAAUUCCCACCCGAACUUGUUUCCAUAGAUACGUCUGGCAAAUUCUUCGAUAGAAUGUGCAACUCGCGAAAAUCUCUUCACAUUGAGACAAGUACCGGUGAAACAGACACUGUGAAGCGGCGCACGCGCACUAGGAAACCACGGGGUAAAAGACGAAACACCAUUUCGGGCACUGAUCAGAAAGAGCUUAGAGAGGCUAUAGCUGGUGAUACACCAAAUGCUGUGGCUUCUGAAGAAAUUGAAGAUAGUACAGUCAUCAGGUCAAGAUCAAGUGAUUUGCUUAAGAAAAGUCCGACAGAUACUAUUGCUAAGAAAAGUCAUUUUAAUAGUUUGAAACAAUGGGGUAAAAACAGAUUAAGAAUGAUUGGCAGAUCACCGAGUACCAGUAGAGACAACUUUAGGGACUCGAAAAUGUAUAAAAGUAAAGAAUUAAUAACGUCUGGUACCAUAGAAAAUGAUCAAACACAAGAAGCUGUCAGUAUGCGUAAAAAACGCCCCGGAGAAGAAGAUAGAAGAACUCACCAAAGAUGUGCAUCUUACUCGUCAUCAGAAAAAAGUAUUGGAGUUCCGACUAGUGCUCAUACGACAGCUACUAUCAAUAGUGGAGUAAAAUUACGGGGAGCGUCCACGCAAAGAAAAUCUAGGCGGUCGGGCAUUGGUAAAGAUGAGCCGCAUUCGUCUAGCGGUAAUUGGUCAGCUAGUUCAGAAUCUGGUAGGACGAGCAUCGGCUCGGAAAUCACUACAACAACAGUACCGCCUAAAAGUUCCACAUCGGCUGCUACAUCUAAUAACUCGCUUAACUACCACCAUGGUCCACCCAGUUCGAUUAUAAGCAGAAGAAAAUUUCUAAAUACAUCUGGUUCAGGAAGCGUAACUAGUGAAGGUACUCUAACUCCAGAUAUAAUUCUUGAUUUACACGAAGAUUUAGAAACAAGUUCUGAGUUUUCUUGCGAUACAGAAGGAUAUUAUACAUCUUUCCACAUGGAUUCAGGUCUUAAAACUUUGAAAGAGGAAGAAAUGUCUCCUAGUACGCCUUUGCAUACUACAACAGCUCUUUCAAACUCUUCUAAUAGCCAAAAUUUAACAGCUGAAAAUGAAUACGAACUUUUCGGCAAAGGUUCUACAAGUACUACUACAAGUUCUGCUGGCACUGUUUGCACCACUUUGAUGGCAGGUGAUAGUGAUAGAUCUUCUUUGAUAAUCGGUCCAACUGUACCCGAACGUAAAAGCUCCUUAACCAAAAUAACUCGUAGUCGGGGAAAUAACCUUAAUAACUCCAGUUUAGAACGUAGUUCAAGUUCGUCAUUUUCUAGAUCACCGUUCACAAGUCUGAGAUACACUGCAAUGAGAUCAUAUGCAGAUAAGCAGCCAUCCAAUCAUUCAGCACCUGAAAUAAAUGUAGUUCCCUUAAACACCGUAACAAUUACAAAGAAUGUAGGUAAUCAAAGAGAAAUUACGGCCGUCGCUGAGGUCCAUACUGAAACUGAUCUCGAAAGCGCAAAGAACUACACAGGAACAAACUCCCCAGAUUCAGGUCAUAAUACUUCAAGCUCACCAAUAGAAGAUUCAAUAUCUAGUGCCCAUGGCAAAAACAGUCUUUCUGAACAAGAUUACUCUGAAUCAUCAGAUCUGGAAGGUACUGAUAGAAUAGAAAGAAUACGAUAUAAAACGACUAUAAAUAGUUCCAGAAUCCCAUCAAUGUGUGUAAUAACACCAACAAACUCUGAUGACGAAAGUGAAACCAGUAACAAAGGUUCAGAUAAAAAUAGAAAACAAGAAACAUUUUUAAAAAACAAUGGAGAUUUGACAAAAUCAUCUAGUAGACCAAAAUUAGAUUUACCUAGCGAUGAAAAGCAAAACGACAUAAAAACUGACGUCAAAUCAUAUAAACCACAAAAUCAAUCGAAGUCGUCAUUACAUCCUUUCAAUAAUUUUAUGUGUAGGUUAAAAGGUGUAUUACCAAAUAAACUGUCCACGAAAAAAUCGCCUAUUACCAAAGAUGCGGAUGUAAUAGAAGAUUGUUAUGAUUCUGGGGAUUAUGUAACUAUUGCAGAUGUUAAGAACAAUAACCAAAAGAUCAGCUUAGGUCGAGGGAACUACGCAAACAAUGACAUAGUUGGAAAAAAUUUACAAGCUGUUCUGUCUGGGAAACUUACAGAAACAGAAUAUGUUUCACUAAAUGAACUUCCAAAUGGUUUGAGCGAUAGCAAAGACUACGUCGAGCACGGUUUGGAACAAAAACAGUCAGAUGCAUUACAAGAAAUUCAGCGAAAGGGUGCAAAAGUUACGUUAGAUUCUCAAGGCCAAGUGAUUUAUUCAUCAGAUACACUUAAAAGAAGAAAGGGAGCCCAUACUACGUUCGAACCUGGACCAUUUGUUCAAGAAAUAUGUCCCACAACUACAAUUAUUCAAAGAGAAAGUGCAGAUGUAGUAAAAAUCACGGAUGAGACUGAUUUUCCGUAUGAACCUCCACCCUCAAGUAAACCUACAUCACCACAACUUGGUAAAACGAUCAUUAAAGCACCUAUAGAGCCCUACGGUGCCAUGACGAAGGAAUUUGUAACUCUACCACCUCCUAAACCAAGUACUAUAAUUUCCGCUACGCCUUUCCCUGCUCCAGCUGUUAUAAAUAAUAACAAAUUGGAUGCAGUUGCUAACAGAAAUAGAGAUCUUCCUCGUGUAGUUGAAGCAAUAACAAGAACAGGUGCAUACGUAAAUAUACAUGAUGCAGAGGGUGUCAGCUUGUCUCCAACGAAAGAUAACGAAGACUAUCGACAUUCAAUUGCUGACAAGCCUCCGACUAAACUCCAUCAGCAAAUGCAUGAGAAUUCUCCAUCAGUCGACCUGCACCAUCCAAACCUUACACUUCAUCGAUAUCACACGGCACAUCUUCGUGGAAGACAUGGCAUUACAAGUUACGAAAAUAAACCAGGUGCGACCCAGUCAAAAUUUUGGACACUGCCGAAAAUAACUCCUUCGGAUAACAUUGACAAACCUAUUUUUAUUGAAGAGAAAACUAUGUAUAGCCCGAAAAGACGCAGUCUUGAUGAAACACACCCUAUUGAACAAGAUUUUAGACACAGUAACGAGGAUUCCAUAAAAAUAUCACCAAUAGAUCCUCGAACUACAGCCACUUUUAAGUCGUCCACGCCAACUAAUAAAGAAACUGUGGUUGACUUAAGUUCCAGACUUUUAUCUCCUGUUAAAUCUACUAUGACAAACGAAGAACUGUACGCUGUCAUACACAAAAGUAAAAAGAAGCUUAAUAUCAAAGAAACUCCUGUAGAAACUGACCGGGCGGAGUCGCCAGCUAUUAAUGCAGUAAAUUUGUCACCUUUGAGCUCAUCUGGAACAUCUUUAGCUAUUAAAAGUACCCAGCGCUAUCCAGAAACUGGUUAUCUAGGAGACAGUAAGAACAGAAUGUUUUUUUCGAAUGUUUACAAACAAAAUGCUAUUUAUAACACUAUAGGUUCGUUUGGCAUUCAAAAGCAGGAGACCUGCGCAGACCGAUAUGGGCCACUGCAGCAAACAUCAAGAUUAGAUUUUAAGAAAUUGCUUUUACAACACACCGUCAAACUAAAUACACCCAGCGUACAAAGUAGGUCCCAGAAACUCUCUGCAGUAGAGCAACUCAAACUUUCUAAGGAUAGAACACAAGUUCCUUCGACUUCUCCGGAAAAUAGAUCACAAAUUAAUAUACUCGAUCUCAGUGGGUCGCCGAAAACCUAUACCCAUAGAAAAACAAUAAAAUCGAACAAUCAACCACUAUCGCCAGGUCGAACUAGCAAUUUGUUGAAAGAACAUAAAAACACCUCUAAGAUUCUUCUCUCCCCCAAAUCGCAGUGGCGAUUCGCAAGUCCGAGAUCAGAUGUUCUAUCUACGCCUAUACCCGAAGCAAACAAUGAAGAUGAGAAUUCUAACAGCUCCGGAGAUAAAUGUGAUUCAUCUGUUAGCCCACCUUCUAAAACAGUUCCUAUUUUAACUAAUCAACAUUUUGGGGCUAGGAGAUCCCUAAUACCGAUAAGUGAGCAAAAGAUCGAUGAAGACCGUAUUUCUAACUUAGAUCAAGGUAUUUUCCCAUUAGGUACAGAAUAUCCGAAUAUACAAGUGCUAUCUCGAUCGGAAAUAAUUCAAGCAAAGCGAGCGGAGUUCUUCAAUAGUACUCCAGAUCCGUCAGUUCUAAAAUUUUCAUCUUUUAAAUGUACCAAUUCACCUGAUUCUGGAUCGGGACUUAGAAAUAAAAUAUCCCCUGAGAGAGGAAAAACUUCACCAAGCACCUUAGAGACGGCCUUAUGAUAAAAUUUAUUUUUGGACAAGACGGAUGUGACAAAGCGGUGCUUUUUACACGUUUGUUCAUAUUGUGUAUAUUAUUAUAUAAGGAUAUGGAAUUUAAGAAGCUUUAAUCUAGUCUUUUUCUUGCUUAGUGUGCCAUUUAAUUGGCACUAAUAAAAAAUUAAAACCAGUGUUCAAACUACAUUUCGUGUCUGUUUUUGUUUUAUAUGAUUUACAGUAGCUCUAUUGGGGCCAAUCUUAGUUUAUGAAAUUAAGAUAGUAAGUAUUUCUAAAUUAGGUUUAUAGUUACAAAAUAGCACGUAAGUAUUUAUUCGGUAGUACAUUAAAGUACUUUUCAACUAGUUCAGAUUUUUGGGUUUUUAAGUUAUUAAAAAUAAAAUUUUAAAUAAAUGUUUUGAACAAU